UGAGCUCUUUAUUUCCCCCCCUUCUUCCAAAAUCUCCACCCCAAUUUUUCUAUAACUGUUGAUAACUCCUUUAUUACCCCUACCCCGCAUGCCUGAUGUCUUGGGGUCACACUUGACUCAGAUCUUUCUUUCACUCCUCGCAUUCAGUCCUUGGCCAAAUCUUGCUGCUUACAACUUAAAAAUAUCUUUAAAAUUAGACAUUUCCUUACACAACACACAACUAAGAUUUUAAUCUACUCUCUUAUCCUUUCCCGCCAUGACUACUGCAACUCAAACCUCUCUGGUCUCCCUAGCUGCUAUCUAGCUCCUUUACAAUCCAUAAUGAAUGCCUCUCCCAGGCUUAUUUUCCUGACACAUCACUCUUUAUCUGCUGCACCACUCUGCCAAUCCCUUCACUGGCUUUCUCUUGCUACCAGGAUUGAACACAAAUUUCUGACUCUGACAUACAAGGCCCUCAACUGCACUGUUCCCCCUAUAUCUCAGACCUUGUCUCCAGAUACUCUCCAUCCCCUUCGCUCUGUUUACAACCUACUACUCUCCCCCUCUCUUGUCACCUCCUAACAUUCCCAUUUACAGGACUUCUCCAGACUGGCUCCCAUAUUGUGGAACUCUCUGCCUCGCUCCACAAGAUUCUCUCCUAGUUUUGACAGCUUCAAGCGCUUCCUAAAGAGUCUACUGUUCAGGAUUGUAAUCAAGAAUGGAAUUAGAAUUACAUGAAAACAAAGAUCCAGAUAACCAGAUGGCUACCUGGAACAAGACUCAGAAGAUGGGGUAUCUUGAAGCUUCAAUGUCCAGUGGUGUCAACUCAAUGCUCCCAAGUAGAAUCAAAUCCAAGGUCCAUAAAAUUGUGGAUGAGACAAGAAAGGAGCUUGUAAAAGUUAACAUGUCUAAGAGACCGAGUGAACAACCAAUAUCAGUGACUGUGAGUGCCUCAGGAUUAGUGAAUUUAAUAAACACGUUUGAAAGAGAAGGUUAUUCGUAUGUUGAGGGGCCCUUUGCUCAUAUUGUUUCCUAUGUCUGCAAAAGCUCAGAUGAAUCAGAGAAGAUUGUAAACAAGUUUGGGACAAUCUCAGAGGCUGGCGUUGGAAGGAUAAGAGUUGAAUUAUCUAUGAUGGAUUCCAGAAGCCCCCAUACAUCCAUUGAUUCUACAGAGAAUGUAUCUGGCACAGUGAAUGUGCACACAACCAAAGACAGACAGCAUUAUGCUUUUGCAGAGGGGCCGUUUGCUCGCUCUGGGUUCUACGUAUAUGAAAGUUCAGGACCAGAACAUAAGAAGAUCUAUAAGUAUGGGGCAUAUGCUGAGGCUGGGGUUGGGAGAAUAACAGCAGAAUUCAGUGUAUUUGACACUGAAGCAAGAGGUCCCAGUGCAUCCGCCAGAGCUGAAGCCAGUUCCAUUGGGGUUGGUGCCAUGGCUAGAGCAGAGGUUGGAAGUAUUUCUGCCACUGCUGGCCCAGUUCAUGCUAAGAUAGGGCUGGCAGCUGAUACUGGAAUCACAGUGGGAUUACAUGAGUUUGAGAUCAUUCUCUUAGGAACUGGCUUUAAAAUUGGACAGGCUUUAAGCAUUUCUAUACUGGGCAGCAGCAUUUCAAUAGGAUAAUUAUUAAAAAAGUGUUAUUUAUAGAAUUUCUGUCCUUUCGGACAACUCUAUGCAAAAACAGUGGCACAAGCAUUAAAAAGGAUGUCAUGUUAGAAUGUGCUUGAAAUGUAAUAUUAAAGACACUGCAUAUACUGUGACUGUAACUGCUCAUUAUUCUUUAAAGGAAAAUUGGAAUAAUUACCUUGCAUUAUUGUAUUUAAAAUAAACAUGCUUCAUUCA